UUAAAAUCGAUUCGAAAAUAUAUCGCGGCUUCACUUCAUUUGAAAAACUUUUUUUAAAUCAAACAAAAUAAGUGGUUUAAUUUGAACACCAGUUUCUGGAGAAAACAGAACGGAAAUAAUCCAUUGAAAGAAGAUUGCGUUAUAAAUACCAAGUACCAAGUUAGGUUAAAGAGAGAUUAGACAAUAAUACUUUCCGGUAAAGGUUAUCAUUAAGGCACAUUGGUACAUAUAAACCAGUCAGUAUGACGAGUGAACCAUUAGCGAAACGUACCAAAAUGAGUGCUCUCGACCAGUUAAAACAAUUUUCCACGGUUGUAGCUGAUACUGGAGAUUUUGAAGCAAUGAAAGCAUAUAAGCCAACUGAUGCAACUACAAACCCAAGUCUGAUUCUGUCUGCUGCUGGAAUGGAACAAUAUCAGCAUUUGCUGGACAAGGCUAUUAAGUAUGGAAAAGAAUGUGGAGGAACUAUUGAGGAGCAACUUAGCGAAAUUUUGGAUAUGUUAAGUGUUUUAUUUGGUUGUGAAAUUUUAAAAAUAAUUCCGGGACGUGUAUCUGUGGAAGUGGACGCCAGGUUGUCAUUUGAUAAAGAUGCAAGUAUGUCAAAGGCGAUUAAAUUGAUUGGUAUGUUUGCUGAGCAAGGCAUCAAGAAGGAGAGGAUUUUAAUAAAGUUAGCGUCAACAUGGGAAGGUAUCCAAGCUGCUAAAGAACUUGAAAAGAAACAUGGAAUUCAUUGUAAUCUUACUCUACUAUUCUCAAUGUAUCAAGCCAUAGCAUGCGCUGAGGCAAAUGUUACUUUAAUAUCACCAUUUGUUGGACGCAUUUUGGAUUGGUAUGUGGAACAUACAAAGAAUACAUAUGAAGCUAAAGACGACCCUGGCGUGUUGUCGGUGACUCGCGUCUACAAUUACUACAAGAAGUUCGGAUACAACACUCAAGUAAUGGGUGCGUCAUUCCGCAACACCGGUGAGAUCCGGGAGCUGGCCGGCUGCGAUCUGCUCACUAUCAGCCCGAAGCUCCUGCAAGAGUUGGCUAAUAGUGAACAGCCUUUGAAAAGAGUACUGGACCCUAAGGUUGCUGCUAAAAGCGAUAUAGAGAAAAUAUCUCUGUCAGAAGCUCAGUUCCGUUGGCACUUGAAUGAAGAUCAAAUGGCCACAGACAAACUUUCUGAUGGCAUUCGGAAAUUUGCCGCUGAUACCAGAAAGUUGGAAUCACUCGUUAAGACUUUGCUUGCCAAGAAGUAAUAUACUAAAAUAUGGGCAUUAUAAAUGGGUGGAUGUUCUAGAUUUUGUUAUAUUUUUAUAUAUUAUGCAAUUUUGAGAGGUGGAAUAU